UCCAAAAAGUUCCACUAAACUUUUUACUAAACGUGUUUCUGAAACUCAAUUAAGUUUUCGAAAAAAUCACGUGUAUUCUACAGCAAGUAGUAUACCAGUUCAGUUUGAGUUUCGCGUUCAGUGUCUUUGAUUGUGUGACGCAAGUUCAAAAUGGCCGCCACCAUGACCAUUAGCCACGUGCUUGACUGCGAGAACGAGUUGAACGAAAACAUCUACAACAUGAAGAUGAUGGGAGGCAACAACAAGUCAUCGACUAGCCGCAAGGUUAGGAAGAUCCUGAAACCACUCAUCAAACUUUUGAAGAAGAGGACCAAUUCGUGCAAAAAGUUUCUGAAGAAUCAGAAGGCAGUGCCUCAGUGCCAGGUCUACACCGAGGAAGUUGACAACCAGAACAACUGCAAUGAGGCUUUGGAACAGAGACUUCUUGCUGACUUGGAGAACGCUGAAGAAGGAGCAGCUAUCACUGUUUGUUUGGAUGGACAGAUGACUGUCGUGCCUGUUGUUCCUGGGCAGUGUUAUGUGCCAGUUCAUUUCGCACAUACUUGCGCUGGGGAUUUCUACUGGACCACCUUGGCUUUGAACGACUGUGACCUCUUCUACAAGGAAAGGGCCUUUUCUCAAAACCAACUACCUGAGAUGCAAGUGGCCUGAUUACUGAAACGAUCAUGCUGCCUGGAAGGUGGGAACGGAUCUACCUCAGUGAACCUGGUUCCUGAUAACUUGUCUGGUGACAAGUCGUGACUGACAGCUGUCUUUGGUGACAGCUAGCUGACAAUUACUCAACUGACAAUUGUUUUUGUCAAGCCCUAAGAAGAGGCUCCUCGUUCGAAAAGAUUCCAAGGUAUGUCGGAACUACGAGGAUGCUGUCAAUGUGACAUCGUGAGCAGUAUAUUGUAUUUGGAUAGGGCACUUUUAAACUGUGAUCGAUAGUUCGAUAAGUAGAGUUUUUAGCUUUUUUAUUCUUGAAAAUGUUUGUUACUCAAAUCGAACAAGAGUUCAUGACAGGGUAUAGAGAUUUUGAAUGUUUGGAGAGAAGGAAAAGUAGACUAACUUGAGAGAGAUUUUAUAUUUUUUUUGAAGAUUUUUGGGGUGAUUAUUGUAUCUUUUAAUCCCUCAUUGUGAUACUUGUACCUACGAUAUUUAACAUUUACUGAUGUUAUAUGUGAUACUGGCUUUAAUCUGAUCGACUUCGGUCGAAAGGAAUUUCACGUCUUCCAAUUUAUGUGAAAAAUAAAUUUAUAUUAUGCUAAA